AAUCGACUGGGGGAACCGGUGGCAAGCCAAAACCUCCAAACCCAAUAAUGGCGGGUUCUCCCUCCCCAUUUCCAAAUCCCAAACCCUAAACCCCUCCCCACUCUCCAACCCCCACACCCGCAGUCCCUUCCCGGUCCCACAUUCCCACGCCCCCCACCCUCGGCGCCGGCGCAGAUGGCGCCGUUGGUGCCGAAGAAGAAGCGCAAGGUGAACCUCCCGGAGAACGAGGAGGUCGCGGCCAGGAUCUUCGGGAAGCACCGCUCCAUGGCGGCGCAGCAGCCGGGCGGCUUCCCGGAGCACCAGGCCCGCGCGCUCUCCGCCGCCUACACCGGCGUCUGCGCCGCCAAGGAGCCCGUCCGGACACCCGGCGACCUGGCCCGUGUCACGGGAGUUGGAGGUUGGGUUGUUGACGUCAUGGAAGACUCCUUUCCAGGGUCCAGCCUUGAUUUGUCCCCUCCGAGAAGUAAUACACCAGGAGAAACGGGGAAGAAGAACACACGAAACAAACCUUAUGUGCCACGGAUGAAAUCAGCUGCUUAUGCAAUAAUGAUCGCACUCUGCAGGGAAAUGGAAAAAGGGAAGGAAUUUAUGAUGAGGCAAGAGCUUAUUGAUGCUGCUGAAGCCAGUGGUCUGUCACAAUAUGCAAUAGGCCCAAACAACAGUAGGAAUUCUCGGAAUGACGGUUACAGUUUCACUGGAUGGAAUAGCAUGAAGACGUUAACAAAUAAGGAUCUGGUUGAGAAAAGAGUAACCCUGCAAAGUAAUGUACCAGGCUCAUCCCCAUCUAUUGAUUGUGAACUUCUUACUUUGCCAGGACCUUUAACGGCGGCGGGUCAUCCUGCAGUUGUGCUCAGCGAUUCAGAUUCUGAUGAAUAUGACGGCAGCAGUCCCCUGAUAGGUAUUAAUAAAGUUCUGAAAGAAGUGGACUUCCAAACUCAAAAGCAGGCAGUUCCAGUUCCUUUGACAACGGCCAUGCUACUAAUUCUCCUCUUUCAUCUUGAGGAAUGUUUGGACAGCAAUCGUUUAGUGCAAUGGCCCCGUUCCAGAAGAAAAGUUGUUGAUAAUAUACGCUCGCAGUUUAAUAUUCCUGUAGAGGUUAAACACUUGCCUGUUGGAGAUGCUCUUUGGAUUGCUCGCCAUAAAGAACUUGACACGGAUUAUGUUCUUGAUUUCAUUGUUGAAAGGAAAAAUGUGGAGGAUUUACUUGGCUCAAUUAAAGACAACAGAUACAAAGAUCAAAAACUAAGACUGAAGAAAUGUGGGCUAAGGAAGCUAAUAUAUCUAGUUGAAGGGGAUGUAAACACUGUAGAUGGAUCAGAGAGCGUUAAAACAGCCUGCUUCACUACUGAGGUUCUUGAAGGAUUUGAUGUCCAAAGAACCACUGGAUAUGCUGACACUGAAAAGAAAUACGGCCACCUCACGGGCUCUAUAAUUGAUUGCUACAGCAGAAACUUCUCUGCUGGUGCUGAUACCUCUCGACUUUGCCUGACCUACGACGAGUUUGUGAAGAGGUGUUCUGACCUUGAGAAGGUCACUAUGAGUGAUAUAUUCGCCGUUCAGCUUAUGCAGGUGCCACAAGUGACAGAAGAAGCUGCUCUUGCUGUCACGAGUCUCUACCCCACUCUUCUCUCGCUUGCUAAGGCGUACACCAUGCUUGAUGGCGAUAGGUGCGCCCAGGAGGAGAUGCUGCAGAACAAGAGCGACAUGGUCAACGCGGGGGCUAGCAAGAACAUUUUCAAGCUCAUCUGGGCGGAAGGAUGAACACCCCGUACUUGACCGGUCUUUUGGUCACGGGCGUGGUGAUUUCGGCCGCCAACGCAAGUUCUGAAGGAGAAAACAGGCAGGACCGUUUUUGUGCUGUGCCUGGUGCCUUGGAGAAGCGAAAAGUCUCUGAACUUGUAACCGCCACCUAAGAGAACGCCUUAGCGUAGCCUCACUCCCUGUUUAAAAUACUACUCGUACGUCGUAGAAUUGCAUGCCCCAAAAUUAUGGAGUCGUCGUGUUAAUGUAGUGCAUUAGCGCUUCGUGUGUGUAUAUAUACACAAAUAUUAGCUCUUGACUCAGUUGCUUGGAUCA